AUGUGGGUGAUCGAAGCUUCUGCAGUGUAUGGUCAGCGCUUCACUUCACUCAACUUCACUUUUGUCAAGAGCAGAUUCGAUGCACCUGACGGCUUGCGACCGAGCGUCAUCGGGGCCAGAAUAGAGCUCGCUGCACUGUUCAUGUUUUCGCCCCAGCGCCAAGCCCCACAAACGCCCAGUCCUGCACCAGCAACAUCGAAGUCUGAGAUUCUUUGA